CGCGGUGGGUGGUGGGUCGGACCAAACCACCCGCUCCAGCCAGGGAGCAGCACGGGCGAGGCUCCCCCUCCGGCCACGAUGGAGUCUUCCGUUGCCAUGGUGCUGCCCGCUCCAAACCACGCCACCAGGGCCGCCGAGGGCAAUCGCCAAGGACAGCCGCCUGCCUGAGCAGCCCGGGGUUUCUGAGCCUCCGGAGCCCGAGAACCUGGGACCCAGGCCAGCCAGAGCAUGGAAGACGACGGCAGCCUGCUCCCCGAGGACGAGCUUUUGGCUGAUGCCCCUCUUUUGGAAGAUGAAAGAGAUGAAUUAGAGGAUCCGGAGUUUGACAUCAAAUGUCUUCUGCAGGAAGCUGAGGAUGACGUGGACCCAGGACACAGCAGCUCAGUGAAAGAACUAGAUACUGAUGCUGAUAAAUUGAAGAAGAAAACAGCUGAGGACAGAAUGCUGGCAUUUCACCUGCGACAGAACCUGAGCACCCUGGAUAAGAUGCAUGAGGAGCAAGAGCUUUUCAUUGAGAAGAUGAGAGGAGAGCUGCGCGCCUGUCGGCAGAGGCAGGACCUGAUCGACAAGCAGCAGGAAGCAGUGGCAGCCGAGAUCGCCACGGAGGAAGAGGCGGGCAACAUAGCCGCUGUGGGCCGUCUCCGGGCCGUGUCCAGACGCCUGUUUGCGGAGCUGGAGAACGAGAGAGACCUGCAGUCGAGGACUGAGGCCGUGCUGAAGGAGAGAGAGAACGCCUUGUGGCACAUCGAGAUCCAGGAGGGGCGACUCGAGGCCUUCCGGACAGUUGACCGUGAGGAGGUGGAGGCCACGGGGCGGCGGCUUCAGGUGCGCGCAGCCGAGCAGCUCUGCAGAGAGCAGGAGGCCCUGGGGAAGGUGGAGCGGAACCGGCUGCUGAGGAUCAGGAAGUCCCUGCACACCCAGAAUGAGCUCGGGCUCAGGCACCAGAAGCUGCUGGAGGAUGCCCGGAAGAACCACAGGGUCGCCGUGCGGUUCCUGAAGGCCUCCCUGGGAAGAAUCCGAGAGCAAGAGAAGAAGGAGGAGAUGGAGUGCCACGAGCACAUGAGGCGGCGCAUGGACGCGGUGGUGGCGCUGAAGGGCAGCAUCUCUGCGAACCGGGACACCCUGCGGAAGUUCCAAGCAUGGGACCAUGCCAAGGCAGCGCUGGCGGAGCAGGGGGUCCAGGCUGAGAAGAAGGCGAUUCUGGUCCAGGGCGGGGAUGCGUUCAGGCACCUCGUCCACCAGCGCCGGCACCAGGAACUGGAGGCCCAGAAGAGGGCCUUUGAGGAGGAGCAGAAGCUCAGAAAGCAAGAGAUCGUCAGUCGGAUUCUGAAAGAGGAGGCUGAGGAGGAAAAGAGGAAGAAACAGCGUCCCCCCACCAGAGCCAGGCACCGGCCGACCCUGAGGGACAGGACCUGGAACUACAUUUCUGACUUUUGCGAGGAGAAGACCACAGUCCCAACCAACAUGUACACACUGGACUACGAGGCUGCUGCAGGGCCCGGGCCCUCUCGGUUGGUGGAAGUCGUCUCCAGUGAGCUCAUCCAGGGGGACCCCGGCGCCAGCUCAGAGGAGGAAACAUUAGCUGAGCCCGAGAUCUCUGGGCUUUGGAAUGAAGACUACAAGCCAUACCAGGUGCCCAAGGAGGACGUGGACCGAAAGCCUGUGGGCGGGACAAAGAUGGACAAGGACAUCCUGGCGCGCACGGUGGAGCGACUGCGGGGCAGGGUGGUCCACAAGCAGGUGGUGCUGGGGCGUGAGUUCCAGGGCCGCCCCUUCCACAGCAGGCCGGAGCUCCUCCACUUCAAGGACUUUGAUAUUGGCAAAGUGUACAAGAAAAAGAUCACGUUGGUAAACACCACCUACACGAUCAACUACUGCAAGCUGGUGGGCGUGGAGGAGCACCUCCGGGACUUCAUCCACGUUGACUUUGAACCCCCUGGCCGCCUGUCAGCCGGAAUGUCCUGCGAAGUGCUUGUCACCUUCAAGCCCAUGAUAAACAAGGAUCUAGAAGGAAAUAUCUCAUUUUUGGCUCAGACGGGCGAGUUUUCAGUUCCAUUGAAAUGUUCAACAAAGAAAUGUUCGCUGUCCCUCGACAAGGAGCUCAUUGACUUCGGCAGCUACGUGGUAGGAGAGACCACAUCUCGGACCAUCACGCUGACCAACGUUGGGGGCUUGGGUACGACUUUCAAGUUCCUGCCAGCUACAGAGCCCUGUGAGAUGGACGACUCCCAGUCUGCCCUGAAAUUAAGCAGUCUCCUGACCUAUGAAGAUAAAAGCUUGUAUGACAAAGCCGCCACCAGCUUCUCUGAGCAGCAGCUGGAGGGCACGGAGUCCUCCCAGGCGGACAUGCAGAGCCGGAAGGAGCUGGAGAAGCUGGACAAGGAGCAGGAGGAGGAGCAGCCCACAGAACCAGAGACAUUAACCACAGUGAUACCUCCCAGCGAAGAGCAAACGGAGAUCACGCUGGGAGAGAUAACAGAGGGGGAAAUUGGCCCCUUCAGCUCCAUCAAGGUGCCUAUCAUCUUCACCCCGGUCGUCCCAGGAGAUGUCCAAGCCAGGUUCAAGGUCACGUUUAAGAACACCCAGUGCCCCACGCUGCAUUUCAGGGUCAUGGGCGUGGCCAUCCAUGUGCCGGUCUGGGUGCCGAAGCCCAGCGUGGACCUGAAGAUCUGCAUGUACGACCGGCUCUACCAGGACUCCGUGCUCGUGCACACGCGGUCGAAAGCUGCCCUGCGCCUGAAGUUCGAGGUGUGCAAGGAGCUGAGGGCCCACCUGGAGCUCCUGCCUGAGAUGGGCUACAUCCAGGCACAGUCAUCCUACUCUGUGCAGCUCAAGUUCCUGCCACGACACUCCCUCCCAGAGGACGCGGGGAGGUAUUUUGACAAGGAGACCCGAGUCCUGGAGGCCCCGAUGACCAUCUGGGUGGCUGAUCAGAACAAGCCAGUGGAAUUCACCGUGCAUGCCAUCGUCACCACCUCGGACCUGGAGCUCAGUCCCUCGGAGGUGGAUUUUGGCUACUGCACCAUCUAUGAGGCCAUCAGGACGGAAAUCAGCCUCCACAACCACUCGCUCCUGCCCCAGGAGUUCGGGUUCGUCAGGCUUCCCAAGUUUGUGGACGUCCAGCCCAACGAUGGGUUUGGGACGAUCCUGCCCCUGGAAACGCUGCAGUUCUGUGUGAUCUUCCAGCCCACCAAGGCUGAGGAACACAGCUUCGAGUUGACCUGCAAGUCUGAGAUCAACCGGUGCUUCAAGCUGUCUUGCCGGGCUGUAGGUGUCCACCCACCCCUGGAGCUGUCCCACUACCAGAUCAAGUUUGCGGCCACGGCCCUAUACGACACCUCCGUGGCCACAGUGUACGUCAUCAACUCUCACCUGAGCAUGAGCUCGCGGACCCACUCCAAGCCCCGCGUUGGCUCAGAGGACGCCUCUCCCAUGGGGCCCACGUCUUUCGAGUUCCUGCUGCCCCCAGACUCGCCUAUCACCAUCUCGCCCUCGGUGGGGACCGUGUGGCCAGGAAAGAGGUGCCUGGUCCAGGUGGCCUUCCGGCCCGUGCUGCCCGAGAAGCUCAUCCGCCAGGAAGCCCUCCCACUCCUGAACAAAGAAAUGGAGACCAAAUCUUUCCGAAAGGAUAUGGCCCCCCAGAGGAAGGACCUGCAUAGACUGUCAUUCUCCAUUCUUCGAGCGCAGAACCGCGACAAGCUGUUCAAAGUCUCUGUCCCCCACGUCCUGGAGAUGCGGAAGCGGGAGCUGAAGCCCAGUUCUGACGAGUACCAGGCCGCCCGAGCCACCCUGGUCAGAGCGUUCCAGGCGAAGUUUGACACAUUUGUAGUUCCCUGUGUUGUUGCCAGUGGUGACAUCAAAGACAGGAAGGGGUCAGAACCCCUGAGCUUCAGGUGCGGGGUGCUCUGGCCAGAAUGGGGUGUGGUCAGCUGCAAACGCGCUGUCCUUCUGCUGCUGCCCAACUCUGGGGCCUGGGUGGGCAGGGGGCUGCCCACCCUGUCCUCAGCAUGCCCUUCCUAUCCCAGCCCCCACAACACCCUGUACCUGGAGCUGUGGUGCCCGACGGUGGCACCAUCUGUUGUGGUGACGUCCCAUAAAGGCAAGACCAUCUUUAACUUCGGCGACGUCGCUGUGGGGCACCGCAGUAUCAAGAAGGUCUCCAUCCAGAACGUCUCUCCUGAGGAUCUGGCCCUGGACUUCUCCCUGCUGAACCCCAAUGGCCCCUUUGUCCUGCUGAACCACUCCAGCCUGCUGCGUGCGGGUGACACCCAGGUCCUGGUGCUGUCCUUCUCUCCCCACGAGAGCAUCCUGGCUCAAGAAACACUGGACAUCAUCACCAAAAGAGGCACACUCACCCUCACCCUCGUGGGCACUGGCGUGGCGUCCAUGAUCACGUGCUCCAUUGAAGGCAGCAUCCUCAACAUGGGCCAUGUGAUUGCCGGAGAGUCUGUGUCCUCAGGCUUCAAGCUGCAGAACAACUCUCUGCUCCCCAUCAAGUUCUCCAUGCACCUGGACAGCCUCUCCAGCACCCGGGGCCGGGGCCAGCAGCAGAUGCCGCAGUUUCUCAGCUCGCCCUCCCAGAGGACGGAGGUGGUUGGGACACAGAAUCUCAACGGUCAGAGCGUGUUCAGUGUGGCCCCUGUCAAGGGCGUCAUGGAACCCGGGAAGACGCAGGACUUCACUGUCACCUUCAGCCCCGACCACGAGAGCCUCUACUUCUCCGACCGGCUCCAGGUGGUGCUCUUUGAAAAGAAAAUCUCCCACCAGAUCCUGCUAAAGGGUGCUGCCUGUGAGCACAUGAUGUUCGUGGAGGGCGGGGACCCCCUGGACGUGCCCGUGGAGUCUUUGACAGCGAUCCCUGUAUUUGAACCCAGGCACAGAGAGGCCAGCUCCCGGCCAGGCCCUCCCUCUCUAGAAGCUGAGGAGCUGAGGCCCAUCCUGGUGACCCUGGACUACAUCCAGUUUGACACAGACACGCCAGCCCCACCUGCCACCCGAGAGCUGCAGGUGGGCUGUAUCAGGACCACCCAGCCAUCUCCAAAGAAGACCGUUGAGUUCAGCAUGGACAGCGUCGCAUCCCUGCAGCACAAGGGUUUCUCCAUUGAGCCCUCCAGGGGCUCUGUGGAGCGCGGCCAGACGAAGACCAUCAGCAUCUCCUGGGUGCCGCCUGCGGACUUUGAUCCAGACCACCCACUCAUGGUGUCGGCCCUGCUGCAGCUAAGGGGGGAUGUGAAGGAGACCUACAAGGUCAUCUUUGUAGCCCAGGUGGUGACCGGCCCCUAAGCCUCUGCACAGAGCACCCUCAGGCCCUCCUGCCCACCCUCAAAGCCCUCCCCAGGCUGAGGGCCAGGUCAUACUACCCUAGAGCCUGGGACCUGGCCAUCCUCUGCCAGGCAGAUUCCAAUAGGCCGCCCUCCACAUGGCACCACGGCCACUUCCUGCUGCCCUGGACCCCGCAAGCCCAAGGACAUCCAAGAGCACCCCUCCUGAGACCCCAGACUCGGAAGCAGCGAGAAGGCCAGGCCAGCCCACAGCCAUCCUAGCCAGAGCCCCUCAGAGCCCCCAGCCCCCAGGAGAGCCCUCCACAGCCUGUCAAUAAAUUUUCUGUAGCCAACACGUGCAGCCUGCAGUGUUGCACCUGUGUUGCAACACUGCUGUUACAUAUAUAUAACAGCAGGUUAUUCCCUGGGGUGAGCACAGAACGGGAGGUGGGGACAGAGCCCUGGGGAAGCAGCCCCUCCCCUCACAGCCAUGAAACCCGCUUUGCCUGGCCUCCUGGAGCGGGGCCAUCCUGCAGGACACCUGUGGGGAGGGCACCCUAACCCAAAUUCAAGGAGAGCCCCCAAGCCUGGAGCCCUGAGCAGCAGCAGGCAGCCCAGAGGGCCGGGGUGCAGCCAGAGCUGAGGCUGACCCAGAACCAAGGGGCCCUGAGUGGUGGGGAGGGCAGGGCUCCAAAGCCCAGGGCAGGCCCCGGGAACCUGCAGACUUUUCCCAAGUUCCAAGACCCUGGAUGACCCCAAGCAAAGAUGAGCAGACAGCAGGGACCCAGCCUACUCAUGCCCUCCCCUCUGCCCAGCAGGGGCCAGGUGAGGCCCAGCUCCUGCACUUAAGUCUCUACUUGUCUGAGAUAAGUCUGGGCUCGGCUUUCUGGGCUCUGACCCACCCUUCAACAGAGAAGACCUCUCACAGCCCAUGAGAUGCUCCUGGAGCUCAGAGCGGUGCCUGCACCCCAACCCUGCCCUCUGGAGUCUGGCUUGUUGGACACUGUCCCUACAGAGCCCACCCAGCCUGGCCCUCCUGUCACAGUACAGCACACCCACUGUGCCACCCCAACCAGCAGCCACUGGGAGAACAUACGCAGCCUUCCCUGGCUGGGUCAGGGGAGCAGAUGGUGCUUCUGGGAGCUUUCUUGGGCACAGGCCUCAGGGACGCCGGUCUUGAGCUGCCUGCCCUCACCCCCAGCCCCCCAGGGCCCAUGGUGCCUAGGAACUUGCCAUUGCCCCAAACUUCAAGCCAGUGACAUUGACCCUGCAGUGGCAUUUUGCAGCAUUUCUGUCCAAUGGAUCCCUUGCUGCCUUUCCUGGAGCUGACCCGCCAUGGCUCAAGCUUGCGCCACACCAGAUGGGAGGGGAAGGCAGCUUCCGCCAGGUCCAGGCCAGGCCCCGGCCACAGGAGGAGGUGCUAUUGGAUGGCACUGUUUCCUGAAUAAAUCCCUCUCUUCUAAACCCUGACCCGCCUCUCCUGCUGGCAGGCCUCUGGUACUGAGUGGAGAGGCCCGCCCACGUCCUGCGUGGGGGCUGCGCCCUCACCUUCCGGAACUCGGGGCUGUGGCCUCAGGCUGUGCUGUGAACAUGCACUCCCAUUCCCACUCCCGUGCUGGGCCUCCACGACCAGUGCAGUCAACAUGGCAGGAAGAAGGGCCAGGGGCUGGGGGAGCUGGGCAGUCAGGAAGGGCCCUUGAGGACUGUGGCACAGGCCCUGGGAGGUGAAAGGCAACUUCAAGCAGAGCACAGUAGCGGAAGGAGUGAUGCAGUGAAGGGGCAGGUAUGGGCAGAAGAGCCACGCAGAGGAGGCCCUGCCCUCCAAGAUCACUGCCCUUGUAGGGGCGGGGGACACUGAGCAGUGCCCACAUGUACAACAGUUCUGAGCAAGGGGUGUGUGCUCCUCCUGCAGUAAGACGGACCCUGCCCUUGCUGUGCUGACCACCUCCCUUAGCCUGACCACCAGACGGACGGUGUGCUGCUGGUCCCACGGGGAGCAGAGGGCAGCAAGAGCCUAACAGGGCCCCUGG